CGCGGCCGCUGCGACAUGGGGAACCAGGACGCGAAGCCGAAGCGGAGCGCGGGGGACGCCCCGCACGAGGGCGGCGGCGGCGGCGCGGAGGACGCCCCCGGGCCCCGGGAUGCCGACGCCACAAAGAAGGGGAGCGGGGGCAGGAAGGCGCCCGGCAAGCACGGCAGAGGGGGCGGCGGCGGCGGGGAGCCGGGCAAGAAGAGGGGCAAGUCGGAGUCCAGGGCGUCCGUGUUCUCCAACCUGCGGAUCCGGAAGACGCUGUCCAAGGGGAAGGGCGCGAGCGGCUCCCGCGAGGACGUGCUGGACCCCCAGGCCCUGCACCCUGGGGAGCUGGACAGCGCGCACUCCCUGGCCACCAAGACCCCGGACCUCAGCCUCUCGGCGGACGAGGCGGGCCUGUCGGACACCGAGUGCGCGGACCCCUUCGAGGCCCCGCGCCCCAGGGGCUCGGGACCCGCCGCUGCUGGGGGUGGGGGCAGGGUGGCCUCGGAGGAUCUGGACGCUGCGGCAGGGGCGCAGGACGGACAAAGGACCAGUUCCGGCUCCGACACCGACAUCUACAGCUUCCACUCGGCCGCGGAGCAGGACGACCUGCUCUCCGACAUCCAGCAGGCGAUCCGCCAGCAGCGGCAGCAGCAGCAGCUCCGGGGCCCCGGGGAGCCCGCAGCGCCGCCCCCGGCCGCCUCCCCGCAGCCCGGCGCCUUCCUGGGCCUGGACCAGUACCUGCUGGGCGCGAGCCGCGCCUGCGGCCCCGACACACCCGGGGCGCCGUCUGCGCCCUCGGACCCGCCUGCCAGCCCGGCCGCCGAGCCCCGGGUGCCCGAGCGGCCGCCGCCCCCCAGCGGCCCCCCGGGGCGCCUGCCCGCCGCCUCCCGCGCUCCCGAGUCCUCACCCGGGGAGGGCUCGGCCGGCGCGCCCGGGCCGGGGGCCGGGGACACCGAUGAGGAAGGCGAGGAGGAUGCUUUCGAGGACGCCCCCCGAGACUCCCCAGGGGAAGAGGGGUGCCGGGAGGUGGGAGCGGCCCCCGCGAGGCCGGACGCAGAGCCGGGGGGCGAGCCCGGCGCCCCCGCAGCCGCCUCCCUGCCGGGCAGCCCGGCGCCGGGGCCGCGCUGCUGCAAGCCCUACCCGCUCGCCACCCCCUGCUACGUCAAGACCACCGCCCGGCAGCUCAGCUCGCCCAGCCCCUCGCCCUCCCAGUCCCCCAGCCAGAGCCCCAGCGUCGGGAGGCGGCUGGAGGCCUCCCCGGGCCGGGGGCGCAGGGCCGCCCCGGCCUCCGGCCCCGCCGCCGCGCCGCCCAAGAAGCCCCGGGCGGACGGCGGCCUCCCCUGGGGCCUCAGCCGCUCGGCAGACUGGACGGAGGAGCUGGGCGGCCGCGCGCCGCCGGCCGGGGGCUCUGCGCCCCUCCCGGACCGCGGGGCUGUGGCGGGGAGGGCCGGCGGGGGGCCCCCGGGGCGCGCGGCCGCGGCGUCCGGGGCGCAGGCGGCGGCCGACGGCUUCCAGAACGUGUUCUCAGGGCGAACUCUGUUGGAGAAGCUGUUCAGUCAGCAUGAGAACGGGCCUCCGGAAGAAGCAGAGAAGUUUUGCUCCCGGAUCAUUGCCAUGGGUCUUCUGCUGCCUUUCAGUGACUGCUUCAGGGAGCCGUGUGACCGGAAGGCCCAAUCGAGUUCAGCUCCGUUUGAUCAAGAUCAACUUUAUACCUGGGCUGCAGUCAGCCAACCCACUCACUCACUGGAUUACACAGAAGGGCAGUUUCCCCGGCCAGCUCCACCUGUUUGGCCACCAUCUACACCUCCUGAUGAAGAACCUAGGUCGAAGGAUGCUGAAACAGAAUCUCAGUCUGCUGUUUUGGAAACUCCAAAAAAAGGUUCAGAUGCUGUUCAACAGGAAAUUAUUGACAUGAAGUCUGAAGGACAGGCAACUGUGAUUCAGCAGCUGGAACAGACCAUUGAGGAUCUGAGGACGAAAAUCGCUGAACUGGAGAAGCAGUUUCCUGCCCUGGACAUGGAUAUGGCCAGAGGCCGUCAUGGGCCUCAGAAUGGAGUCGUGCCCUUAGAAGAUGUCUGUCUUGAAGCUCUCAGGUUAGAAGAAAAGGAUGUACGUCAUCAAAGGACUUUACAGGCAAAGUCGAUCCAGACAUCCCCGACAGAAGAGGGUGGGAUGCCAGUACUGCCUUCUGUGAAUACACUGCCAGAGUACACUCACCACCCACCUGGGGCUCAAAGUGGAGACUCAGCUGUGCCGUCCUCACCUUCCGGACCUCAGACAAAAUUCUGUUCAGAGAUUUCUUUGAUUGUGUCUCCAAGGAGAAUAGCUGUACAGCUCGACACACAUCAGCCCACUUUGCCUCCACCACAUCAGCCCACUUUGCCUCCACCACCUCCGUCCCUCCCUGGUUCUGAUGGUCAAAGGCAGGCGGGGUCACAGUCUUUCCAGCCUCCUCUUCACACUGAGUCUGAGACCAGCCAUGAACACUCUGUCUUCUCUUCCUUUGAAAAUGGCCAUAACGUCCAAUGCUCACCACCUCUGCCUUGCACAGAGUCUUCCAGUUCCAUGCCUGGCGCAGGCUUGGCGGCUGCCCCCCCUCCCCUUCUCCCUGGCACAACAGGACCUGUUCCGCCCAGUACGGCCAUCCCCCCACCUCCUCCUCUGCCUGGCACAAAAAUGUUACCACCCCCUCUUCCACCUUUGCCUGAUGAAGGGAUACCUCCUCCUCCUCCUCUUCCCGGUGUGGGAAUACCUCCUCCCCCCCCUCUGCCAGGUGUGGGAAUACCUCCUCCCCCCCCUCUUCCCCCCCCUCUCCCCGGUGUGGAAAUACCUCCUGCCCCCCCUCUUCCCGGUGUGGGAAUACCUCCUGCCCCCCCUCUUCCCGGUGUGGGAAUACCUCCUGCCCCCCCUCUUCCCGGUGUGGGAAUACCUCCUGCCCCCCCUCUUCCCGGUGUGGGAAUACCUCCUGCCCCCCCUCUUCCCGGUGUGGGAAUACCUCCUCCCCCCCCUCUUCCCGGAGUGGGAAUACCUCUUCCCCCUCCCUUGCCAGGUGAAGGAAUACCUCCCCCCCCUCCUCUGCCCGGAGUUGGGGUUCCUCCACCUCCUCCUUUGCCAGGAAUGGGGAUUCCAUCUGCUCCAGCUACCCUGCCAACUUCUGGAAUGGGCAUUCCCCCACCCCCUCUGCUUCCCGGAUCAGGCCCUCCUCUCCCCCCUCAAGUUGGAAGUAGCACUUUAUCAGCACCACAAGUGUGUGGUUUUCUGCCUCCUCCAUUGCCAGCUGGCUUGUUUGGACUAGGGCUGAACCAAGACAGAGGAAGUAGGAAGCAGCCAGUAGAGCCUUGUCGGCCCAUGAAGCCUCUGUAUUGGACGAGAAUUCAACUGCAUAGUAAAAGAGACUCUAGUCCUUCACUUAUUUGGGAAAAAAUUGAAGAGCCAUCCAUAGAUUGUCAUGAAUUUGAGGAAUUGUUUUCUAAAACUGCUGUGAAGGAGAGGAAGAAACCUAUAUCUGACACCAUUACAAAGACCAAGGCUAAACAAGUGGUCAAGUUAUUAAGCAACAAAAGGUCACAAGCAGUUGGAAUAUUAAUGUCUAGCCUUCAUUUAGAUAUGAAAGAUAUACAACAUGCUGUUGUGAACUUGGACAAUUCUGUGGUUGAUCUGGAGACCCUUCAAGCUCUCUAUGAGAAUAGAGCACAGUCAGAUGAACUGGAAAAAAUUGAGAAACACGGCCGAUCCUCUAAAGACAAGGAAAAUGCCAAGUCUCUGGACAAACCUGAACAGUUCCUUUAUGAACUGUCACUGAUCCCCAACUUUUCAGAGCGAGUCUUUUGUAUCCUGUUCCAGUCUACGUUUUCAGAAAGCAUUUGCUCAAUUCGUCGCAAACUGGAGUUGCUACAGAAGUUGUGUGAGACAUUAAAAAGUGGCCCAGGGGUUAUGCAGAUUCUGGGUUUGGUUCUUGCUUUUGGGAACUACAUGAAUGGUGGAAAUAAGACUCGAGGACAGGCAGAUGGCUUUGGAUUAGACAUUCUUCCGAAGCUGAAAGAUGUCAAAAGCAGUGACAACAGCAGAAGCCUGUUGUCGUACAUUGUUUCCUACUAUCUUCGAAAUUUUGACGAGGAUGCUGGAAAAGAACAGUGUGUUUUUCCACUGCCAGAACCCCAGGACUUGUUUCAGGCCUCGCAGAUGAAGUUUGAAGAUUUUCAAAAAGAUCUCAGAAAACUAAAGAAAGACUUGAAAGCCUGUGAAGUUGAGGCGGGGAAAGUAUACCAGGUAUCCUCACAAGAGCACAUCCAGCCUUUCAAAGAAAACAUGGAACAGUUUAUUAUUCAAGCUAAAAUUGACCAAGAGGCAGAGGAAAAUUCAUUGACAGAGACUCAUAAAUGCUUUUUGGAGACUACAGCCUAUUUCUUCAUGAAACCAAAAAUUGGAGAGAAGGAGGUGUCCCCAAAUGUUUUCUUCAGUAUCUGGCAUGAAUUCAGCUCUGACUUUAAAGACUUUUGGAAGAAAGAGAACAAACUCAUUCUACAAGAAAGAGUAAAAGAAGCUGAAGAGGUGUGUAGGCAGAAAAAGGGAAAAUCACUUUAUAAAAUAAAACCACGACAUGACUCUGGAAUUAAAGCAAAGAUAAGCAUGAAAACCUGAAGAAUGAAAAGCAGAAUGGACACCAGUCCCCACAACCACUUCCACAACAUUCAGCUGACCUGAGGGUGGGAAGGAAACUCUACCAUUUU